CAUCAUAACAGGAGAGGCCACACAUGCCACCACUGUCUCUACCCGUCUCCAUCACACAGCCAUUAGCUUCAGCAUCCCAACCUGCAAAGAGAACUAAGAAACAGAAGUCUUGGCUGAGAAGCUGCUUCUUUUUUUUCUUCUGUGAAGAAACAUCAACCUAUCGUGGAUGGGUAAAUAUGGAAUAAUUGAGCAUCAAAACAACAUGGUUGCUCUAUUUCAGGGGAAAUAGCGCAGAUAGCAGAAGAGAAGGAUUCAACUUUUCGUCUUUAACAGCCAACAACAGGAGAAAGGAAGGGUGCAUUUUGACACUGCUCUUAACAAUGUGAAAACAGGCCUUCACUUGGCAGUGAAUGAGGCACAUUGUUUGACAUGUAUCUGGGUUAACAACACAAAAGCUGCCAUCCUGACCUCACUUGGCACCUGAAAUUGCUGGCCUAAGAGUUGGAUAAAAGCACACAAAUGAUCUGGGUGUCAGGUAUCUACUGUUGGCAGUGGAUAUCUGUUCUGGGCUUGUUGGCAGAUCCCCACGUUUGUUGAUCUGACAGAUGAGGGUCCAGAAGGUGGCUUACAGGAUGAGGCCAGGCGCCCCACGUGGCCCAGCAGAGAUUACAAGCCGCAAGAAGAAGGUAAAGGGAUUAGACGCAAAACCCAUCCUGCUUUUUUAACCUCGUCACUGUUGUGACACUGACAGGGAAACUCCCGAGCCAGAAUUCUAUCCGUUCACCGUCUCCGUCCUCUCCUCCCUCCCCGGCAGCUCUGCUCAUCCACCCAUGCAGCCCCCUCGGUUCUCUAGGAACUCACUGCUGCUGAAAAACUGAACUGGAGCACAGAUAGGAGUGGACUGGACAACCUUUUUUUGCUACGGGCUAAUGAGCUGAAGAACUUGUCAGCACAGAUGAAGAGACUGAUGGACAUUCUGCUAAUGGACUCAAGAUAAAGAGACCCUGGAUUUUAUUGUUGUCUCCAACAAGUCUCUUUACAAAUGAAAACUUCGGGCUUGAGAACCACAUAAAUAAGCGCAUCAUGCUUUUGAAGUCAGGAAUAUUCCUCACUCUGUAUCUGUUUACCCUCCAAGCAAGUCGAAUCAAAGAAAUACAUGACCACGGUUUUUCGGGACUCAGGGAUGUGAAGUACCGACACUUUCUAGAAUCCUCCAGACCGAUCAGACACACCACAAAUGUCAGAGCGGAGCAGAAUGGACAACGGAAUAAGAGGUCGCCGCUCCUCACCACGGGGGUCAAAGUGUGUCCGCAGGAGACGAUGAAAGCAGUCAUCGGCAGCCAUCGGGCCUAUUACAAACUCAGAGUUUGCCAGGAAGCAAUUUGGGAAGCGUUUCGGAUCUUCUUGGACCGAUCCCCGAACUCAGAGGAGUACAGAGCCUGGCUCUACACCUGCCAGCAUGAAAACCUCUGCAUGGACGACCUGGCCCAGAACUUCAGCAGCUCUCAGGAGCAUUUGGACCUGGUGGCCCGCAGGGUAGCCGAGCAAGCUGAAGUUGAAGGAGUUUUUGCUGGAACCACAGAGUCAGGAAUUGAUUGCACCUGGACACCCCCAAUGAUUGUGCUACCAACUGAGGAUAACAACGAGGAAGACCCCAACAUGAUCAAAGAGAACUUUGAGGAGUAUGUUAUCCAUUUCAGUGUCACCAUCUCAGAUCCGGUGUUCACCAAGCUGCUCAGUGACCCCCAGGCAGUGGAGUACGUUGAAAUCAGACAAGAGCUCACAGAAAAGAUGCGUCGUGUGUUUGCAGAUGUUCCAGGAUUCAAAGAGAUUCGUGUGCUGGGAUAUCGCUCAGAGGAUGUGUCGGUGCGUUAUGCUGUGGUCUUCAAUGGAGAAACUGAGCUCAACGACGAACCUGAUGUUCUUGAGGAGCUUAACAUGGACGAGGAUACGAAUGCUCCUAAACUGAAGCAAAUCAUCAUAAAGGCCUUGAAGCAAGAGACAUCACUACCAGUGGACAUAGAGACACUCAGCUUUGAGAGUGUAACCACAAUCUACCCAGUUGCGGAGCUUGGCAUGAACCCAGUUGAGGACGACACCACAAAGCCAUCUACGGAGGACAAAUCUCCCACCCGAAGUUUCUUUCCCACUGUGGCAGUGAUAGAAAACGCCUUGGAAGCUUUUACAGUCAAACCAGAAACACACACCUUCGUGCCUUUCAUCCCAAACAUCCUCCCAGAAAGCAUUCUUGCCAUCACUGAUGAUGAGACUCCUCUAAUGUCCGCAGUAGAGGAGGAAUCCACAGAAGAGUCUGCCGUGGAGGAUCUGGAGGAGCAGCCGCCAACCGAGCACGUUAACAGCGGUGAGGCUGAACCUGAGGAGCAGGUGACAGACGAAUCUGAACCAGAAGUUACUGAAGAACAUCCCUUAGCACCUCCAGACUUCCAACCAGAAGAGACUACGGUCCCAGUGUCAACACCAUCAUCUCAGGAGGAUGUUGUCCAAGGCAUUGAACCAGAAACAGAAGAGGAAUAUUUGCCUUCCCCUUCAGAGAGUGGCGAGGACCGGGCUGAGUCUGGUGGAGACCUGCCUCCGGAGAACUCCAACAUUCAAGACGAUGUAGGGUCGAGUCAGAACGGGACGGAGGAGAACACGAUCGACUCUCUGGAAGAGGAGAGCGGCAGUGGAUUGUCCUCAGAGUCUGACGAACACCCGUACGGAUCCACGGCAUCACCUGCCGUGAGGCAAGGCAGCACCCCUCUGAUGGCCGCCGUGGACGCGGGCAAAGAGUUAGUGGUUUUCUUUAGCUUGAGGGUCACUAACAUGAUGUUUUCUGACGACCUGUUCAACAAGAGCUCCCCAGAGUAUAAAUCACUGGAGCAUACCUUUCUUGAGCUGACACAGCACUCUGGGUCCAGAAACUCGCCAAACCCUGGAGCUCACAGUAAAUCUGGGCCUAGGAGACAGAAGAUUUUAGCCUCCAUACCGCUUCUGCCUUAUCUGCAAUCCAAUUUGACUGGAUUCAAGCAACUGGAAGUUCUAAACUUCAGGAACGGCAGCGUUGUGGUGAACAGCAAGAUGAAGCUGGACAAACCGGUACCUUACAACGUCACAGAAGCUGUUCACUGCGUGCUCGAAGACUUCUGCAACGCCGCUUCCAAACGGCUCGACAUCAAGAUUGACAGUCGCUCCUUGGAAAUAGAACCAGCCGACCAAGCAGAGCCCUGUAAGUUCCUGGCCUGCAACGAUUUCUCCCACUGCACGGUGAACCGCAGGACCGGAGAGGCAGAGUGUGUGUGCGUCCCGGGAUACUCCAUCGUGGACGGCCUGCCGUGUCAGAGCGUCUGUUCUCUGCAGCCCGACUACUGCCUGAACGACGGCCUGUGUGAAAUAAUCCCAGGGCACGGAGCCACCUGCAGAUGCCCUGUAGGUAAAUACUGGCACUACCACGGAGAGCGCUGCGACGAGCUGGUGUCGGUGCCCAUCGACCCCCCGCUAAUUAUAACAUGCCUCGUGGGAAGCCUCUGCUUUGUUUGUGCCAUCAUUGGCAUUUUGCUAUUCAUUAACAAGAAAUGUAUAAGGCCCGUAAAGGCUAUCACCUUGGUGCACAGCCUUGCUCCCUAUGCCUUUGAGAAUACUUUGAGGGUGAACCCAGUAUUUGAGAAUGAUGAUGGUGUCUUAACUCAAGUGUCCACAUUGCCAUACCCUUCAAGCUCUACCUCCUCCCAAUCCCAGCAGUCUGAACAAGAACAUUUUCCCUCAAUUGAAAACAUACAUCUGAGUAUUGAGAUACCCCGACAACUCUACACCACAAGAUCAGAAAAGUUAGUCUCAGAAAUAGUGGACUUCCAUCACUGUAUACCGCACAACGAGACAUGGCGACCCCCAAAUGAAUACAGGACGUGCUGUAUGUUAAAGUCCUCGGAUAGCGAAUGCUUUGAAGAAACAGUGUGACGGCACCGUGUUCGUUUGAGGAGCGGCCGACACUGUGAGCAAAGACUGAAGCUACUGUUUAACUGUAUUAUGGGAUGUAACUCUGUAUAAGUAUUGAAAUCUAUUGUUCAUAGUGAUCGAAACGUCUCGUUAGACAGAGAGCUAUGGAUGUCAAGGUGAAAGACUUAGGUUGUCUUAAAGUGGAACCUCGUAUUUAUUCUAUAUAUUGAAUGGUAGGAGCAUUUCCUGUGUACCCUUUGCAGAGGCGGUUCUUUCCUCACAAUGAGGUAUUUAUUAUUUACAGACUGAUACACAUGGUGGUAUCUUAAGGUUAGACUGUAACAUGUUGUUUAUUUGACUGUUAAUGCUUUACUUUGGUUGUUUCCCCCAAAACAGAAUGAAUGUAUAGGCUGUUGAUUUGGGUUAUAACAUGUUGUUUAUAGAACUGUUGGCUGCUAACCUGUAUUUUUCAGUCUGUCCUUCUCAAAACAACUCUUCCAACUAAUCACCUCUGUUUUGAGAUCUGGAUUUUUUUUACACAUUUUGCAUUUAAAAGCA